AUGGGACGAAGAAAGAUUGAGAUCAAGGCGAUCAAGGAUGACAGGAAUCGCUCUGUCACCUUCUUAAAGCGCAAGGGCGGUCUUUUCAAGAAGGCUCAUGAGCUUUCCGUGCUCUGCUCUGUCGAUGUCGCCGUCUUCAUUUUCGGCAACAAUAAGAAGCUUUACGAAUAUUCAUCGACGGAUAUGCGAGAGCUUAUCCACCGAUAUCAAUAUCAUGGCGGUCCUAGUGAACACAAAGGUCCUUCCGACUUCAACGGCGGAAACGAUGACGACGAGGAUGAGGAGAAUGACGGCACCCCUCCCCAUGGUCCUGAAGUUGUCGAGAACCAGAUGAUGCCUCCCCAUGCUUACGGACAACAUCAACCUCCUUUCCCGCAAAUUCGGCAUCAUACACCUUCAGCAUCACCACCUAUUGGCAAUGGCGGUCCAUUCCAAGCGCAUCCUGGUCAUCCUAUCCAGCGACAACAUACUCCGCAACCAUCGAUCGGCUCACGGCCGGCAUCUCGAACGGAUAUGCACCGCAUGGGUCCUGGCAUGGUCCAACCUCCACCUCCGCCCGGCCCUCCGCAUCCCGGAAUGAACUAUAUGCCCAAUCCGCCUAUCUACAACUCGCCUCAUCCUCCCGGUCUAAUACCUCAACAUGGUCCUCAUCCUCAAUAUGCUUAUCAUCAACAGCCUAGCCACAUGCAGCAACCAGGACCGUACAUGGAUGACCGCAGGUCCCCGAUGCCCUCUCCGAUGCCUCCCGCUUACAGUUCACAACCGCCGUCACAACCAAUCCAAGCUCCUGUCCGUCCAACGCCGUCGCCUCAACCGCCUCAACAACAGCUUCCUCCGAAUAUGUCACAGAUGUCACCUCCGCCGCCCCAGCCUGAACGUCGACUUCAUGAUCCUCCGCCACCACCUCCCGUGGAACCCAAGACGGAGCCACAAGAACGCCCUCAGCCGCCAUUACUGAACACGGACAGUGCCAUCAAGAAGCUACCUCAAAGGAAAUCCCAUAGUAUCUUCACUCCUAUCGAAGAGAACCGGUCUAUUUUGUCCCAGCAUCUGGCAUCCUUUACUUCCGAGUCGAACAAAUCAGAGUCUGCUGCUGCAGCUGCCGCUGCUAAUGCUGCAAAUGCCGCCAACCGUUCACAGUCAGUUGAUGUGGCUGCACUAAACCGGGCGGCCGAUGGGCCCAAAUCAUCACCCCAUUUGCCACAGCGUGCCAGUACCCAGACCGAUGAGAAGUCUCGAACAGUGUCGCUGUCGUCAAUACCAGAAACCACUUUGACUCCCCCGUCGCGUUCUAACAGCGCAAAGGCCGGCGGUCCCGGAGGAGCUCGACCUCGUGGCCCUCGCUUAACGGUGCAGAUUCCGGAUGGCGGAUCUGAAGGCGGCGGUAGCGCACGAACGGCAGAGUCAAACUCGCCGCGGGUGGCUACAGAAACUACAACUCAGGCGCCUCAACGCCACAACUCUCAGUCGUCACUUGUGCUUCCUCCUCCCUCCCCGUCUGCGUCAGCAAUACUGUCCGCGGGUGCUACUGGUCCGCCAAAUCCUUUUGCCCGGCCGCCUCCUCAGCAGAAUGUGAAUGGUGAUACUCCUGUCUCUGCCUUGCCAUCACGUUUCUUGACAAAUGAACUCCUUCCGAGCCCUAGUAGCUUCUAUCCCGAUUGGAACUUUCGGGGAGGUGACAGUAACACACUACCAAGUCCGCUGAACUUUGCAACGCCAGUUGUCGGUUCAGGUCCUAGUUUCCUCAGAGAUGACCUGAACACGACACCAAAUGCAAACUCAAAUGCUUCUAAGGACAGAGAUCCUCUGCCUAGUGCCAAUGGGAGCUUGGGUCAAAGCUUGAGUGUAGCCCCAAGCAAUUCUACUGCAACGAAACGAAAGACUCCUGAGCCAGGAGCCACAACACAGAGUGAUCCUGCGGAUGAGUCAGAACCAAAGCGGUUGAAGGUGGAGGAGUAA